AUGACCGAUCUUACUCAAUACGUUCAAGCAGGAGCUUGUGUUCGAAGCGGUGGUGCACCAGGACUCUUCGGCAUGGCAGUCGGCUGUGCAUUCGAAUUUUCGGACUGCGAAGGAGCAAUAUUUCGCUCGAGCCGUGAGUUGCUCUUGGCGGGGUCGGAGACUGUAGGAUACAUCUGCCUCGACAGAGCAAUCGACACGCGUGUUGGACGCUGCAUAAAUGAUUCCAGUUACGUCUGUACUAGUGAUGCAGGAUCGUGUGCCGAGGAAGACGGAUUUGAACCGGUCUCUGAUGAUUGCAGCAUGCUGGUUGACAGAAGUCCUCAACGGAAGCAAAAGAGAACUCACUUUGGAGGAUGCACCGAUCCUGCUUUCCCCUUUCCUACCAAAUGCUACUGGUCCGUGGCUGAUUGUGAUACUGAAGGAAGUGAUGGCAUGCAAUGGAUAUCAGCCGGAUCAAAUAGCAAAUGUACCUGUGAAGAAACUCUUACCGGUGCGUGCGAGAGCAACGGUGAAUAUUACUGUGCCGUCUCGGAGUUUGGUUGUGACUCGUACAGCACCUUUGUUCCAGCGGCGCGACUUCCAGCAGGUGUAACGUGUUUCCUCUGCAAAAAGUAUGACGACAGUAUCAUCGAGACGAAGAGCGCGCAAGUCGUUGAGCCGAUAGUACCCUCAACGCCACAACUAUUGUCUCAAAACCAGUCUGCCCCACAAGACGAUUCUCCUUCAGAACCACCACAACGCGAGCCUACAAGCUCUCCAGAGAAUUACAUUCCAGCUACAUUCCCUACUAGUGACCCAGUCGACGUUGCAGCAAAGCUUCAACCUCAUUUCGAAAAAGACACCGUCGCUCUCUACGUUGCAAUCCCGACUAUGCUUUUGUUCACACUCUUGCUUUGUUGCGCCAUUACGUGUACCGGUUCCAAGUCCCAACAACAGUUGGGUGGCAAGAGCCCAUCCGAAGAAGACGAAGGAAUGGUUGAAAGCCCUAAAGGUGAAUUGGCCUAA